AUGGGUUUUGCCACCGCCCUCCUCUACUCUCAAUUUUUCGUUAAACCGCCGUCUCCUUCCUCUGACUUCACCGGCCAGACCGUUAUCGUCACUGGCGCCACAUCCGGUCUCGGAUUUGAGGCCGUGAAGCAUCUGCUGCGCCUCGGAGCCUCCCAGGUCAUUCUUGCCGUGCGAAAUGUCUCCAAGGGGGAGCAGGCCGUGAAAGACCUAUCAUCGGCAAAGAGCAACGUCGAGGUCUGGCAGCUCGACUUGGGCAGCUUUUCGUCUGUCAAGAAGUUUGGCGAGCGCGUCAAUACGCUCGACCGCCUGGAUGCUGUAAUCCAGAAUGCCGGCAUCAUGACGAGUCAGUUCGAGCUGGUCGAGGGUUGCGAGAGCCAGAUUGCCGUCAACGUCAUCAGUCCCGUGCUUCUGGGCUACUUGGUCUUGCCCAAGAUGCAGCAAUCGGCCGCAAAGUAUGGCAGUAAGGGGAGGCUUACGUUCGUGGGCAGCGAUCUCCAGUUCAUCGCAAAGCUGAAUGAGAAGUCUGCACCAGGAAGCUUGCUCGACGCCUUGAAUUCAGAGACGACCGCCAGUAUGGCUGACAGGUACGCCGUCUCGAAGCUCCUGCUCAUGUGGGCAGUGCGGGAUAUGGCGCAGCGAUUCCCCUUCUCCGCCGAGUCUAAUGUGGUCAUUACCUGUUUGACGCCCGGGCUGUGCAAGAGCAACCUCGUGCGCGACGACGAGAGCUGGAUUGCUGGUGUCAUAAGGCGUAUCAUGAUUGGAAUUCUCGCCCGCUCGACCGAGGUAGGCAGCCGUUGCCUUGUUAGUGCCGUGAGACCAGAGCUUGGAGAAGAAUGCCACGGCGCAUUUCUUAUGGAUUGCAAACCAUGCAAAGAUCUGACUGGUAACACCAAGACGCCCGAGAUGAAGGAAGCACAGAGCAAGUUCUUGAAAGAACUGUCCACUCGCUUCCAAAGCAUUAGCCCAGGAGUUCUUUGA